UUUUUUUUUUACUUCAGGUUGUCUAAAUAAGGCAAAAUCUGUUACUUAAUAUGAAGAAAAGCAGAGGUCGGACAGGCCGAAAGAGAAGAAGAAAACACUUGCAGAGUUUUAUGGAUGGAGUCAACUGCAGUCACAAGCUGGAAUACAUUAAACUUAAGAAGUGGCUGAAAGACAGAGGAUUUGAAGACAGUAAUUUAAGGCCAGCAGAGUUCUGCGGUACAGGAAGAGGACUGAUGACAACAAAAGCUCUCCAGGCAGGGGAUCUGAUUAUUUCAUUGCCUGAGAAAUGCUUACUCACCACGGGCACUGUCCUUAGUAGCUGCUUGGGAGAAUACAUUAUGAAAUGGAAGCCUCCUGUAUCUCCUUUGAUAGCACUGUGCACAUUUUUAAUAGCAGAGAAGCAUGCUGGUGAGACAUCUCUGUGGAAGCCAUAUCUUGAUGUUUUACCCAAGACAUACACUUGCCCUGUUUGUUUGGAGCACGAUGUAGUAAGCCUUCUUCCUGAACCUUUGAGAAAGAAGGCUGAGGAGCAGAGAAUGACGGUCCAUGAGUUGUACGUGUCUUCCAAGGCUUUUUUCUCUUCCCUGCAGCCUUUGUUUGCUGAGAACACAGGAACUAUUUUUAACUACAGUGCUCUAGAGUGGGCUUGGUGCACUAUUAAUACCAGGACAAUAUACAUGAAACAUUCACAGAGGGAAUGUUUUUCUCUUGAGCCAGAUGUUUAUGCAUUGGCACCAUAUUUAGAUUUGCUAAACCACAGUCCAAAUGUUCAGGUAAAGGCUGCAUUUAAUGAGCAGAAAAGAAGCUAUGAAAUUCAGACAAAUUCACAGUGCAAAAAAUAUGAAGAAGUGUUUAUCUGCUAUGGACCUCAUGAUAAUCAGCGACUGCUGCUAGAAUAUGGAUUUGUUGCCAUGGAUAACCCUCACAGCAGUGUUUAUGUCUCACCAGAUACUCUCCUCAAAUAUUUUCCACCACUGGACAAGCAGAGAAAUGCAAAACUCUCCAUUCUAAAGGAUCAUGAUUUCUUAGAAAACCUGACCUUUGGGUGGGAUGGACCAUCUUGGAGACUCCUCACAGCCCUGAAGUUAUUAAGUCUCGGAGCAGAUGAGUUUACUUGCUGGAGGAGAACGCUGCUUGGUGAUGUCAUUUCAGCCAGAAACGAAGAGCAGACUUUGAAUAUAACAGCAAAAAUAUGCCAUUUUUUAAUAGAGGAAACGCAGCAUGUCCUUCUCCAGAUUUCUCAGUUGAAGAGGAACAAAGAGAACCUCAAAAAACACCUGGCUUUGGUAGAAGCACUGCGCUUGGAAGAUCUGAAGAUACUACAAAAAUCAGCUGAGAUUCUUUGCAACUUGACUGUGGCAACAACUUGACCCAUCUGGAGCUGUGAUAGCUGUGACUGAUUGGACCUCGUUUUCCACGGAUGCACCUUGCUCAACUGUUUUAAUGGACCUGAGCAGCAAGGAUAAUAUAAAAAGCAGAAUAUGCCUGAUUUUGCUUACAGUGUCACACAGGACCUGGAGUCUUAUUCUGUUCUUUGCUGACCUUCUUCAGUAAUACAAAAGGU